AUGACCGACUUACAGCCUACAUACACAACCUGUUAUCAACUAACACCACCAACACUACCAAAGGGAUCCGAAAAGAACUUAGAUGAGGCCGCUAGGAAAAGACUUUCAUUGGACUGCAGGACUGGUGCAGCCAUUUCCAUAGCAAGAUCAAGCAUAUUUGUUCAUGGUGGUUUAACAAUACCUUUAAAUUUAUCAAAGGUUAAUUCUGUAUCAUUACAAAAGGAACUGAUCUUAUAUUUUGCAAAAAUCAAAGAUAGUAGUUCGUCCUUUAAAAAUUUAAAUGAUUGGAUUAGCUCAGAGAUAUUCUACUUGGAUUUAAUUACAAGAGCAUGGCAAAGAAUUGAAAUUGAAACGUCAUCAGAAAACUUUCAAGAAAGAUUGUUUCAUUCCAUGUGUUCUGAUGGUUCAAACAUAUACAUAUUUGGUGGAUUAAUGGUGUCACCGCAAAAUGAUUACGAAUUAAUCGCAACAAAUGAAUUAUGGAAAUUAGACCUGUUAACUAAAAAAUGGACUCUAAUGAGCAAAGAUCCUUUAAUUGCAAGAAGAUUUGAUCAUUCAAUAUUUACUUUACACACAGAUGAAGAAUCAAAAGAUACGAAAUUAGUUGUUGUCGGUGGGUUGAACAAUAUGGAUCAACCUGUAAAUUACAUCGAUAUAUACAACCUAUCAAAAAAUGAAUGGGAAUCACUUCCGAAUACAAAUAAAAUUAUUACAAAUAUUGCCGGUAAACCUGUGUCUAUUACUCAUGAUCAAAAUCGACCAAUUUUAAUCGAGAAUAAUGAAGCAGAUAUUCCAACAUUGACUUAUUAUGUCACUGACAAUACAAAUAAUAACCCACUUGAUGAUUCGAACGCAGAUGGCCAGGAAAAUUUAGUUUCUCCUAUUAUUGCGUUGCCAUUAGUUCCAGAUUCUCAAGGUAUUAGAAUUAACCCAAAUUUCACGCAAACUAAAGACUGCCUUCAAAUACCUUUCAAUCUACAAUAUCCUAAUGGUGACUAUGUGGACCGAAAUUUGGUACUAGCUGGGUUUUACCCAACAUGCAAACCAUCGAACCUUCAUUGUUUUGUUUAUGAUAUCUCAUUGUGUAAAUGGACAGAAAUCAGCUUGAGUUGCGAUCAUAAGGAUCUUCAUCAACAUCGAUUUUGGAAAUUGUUUAUAUGGAAUUCUCAUCGUCAGGCUCUAGUACUAGGUUCAUUAGAUGACGAUGGCUAUCUUCCUUCUGUUCAAAAGUUUGACUUUCUACUCGUAUUUGCACUCCCCAUGUUAAAUUCAUUUAAUAAUAUUAAGAUGUCAAUGAAUGUUCAGAACAACCCUGUAUUAUUCACACAUAACAACAGUAAUUCAAUUUCUAAUGAUCCGUCUUUGCCAAUGUCAAUCCCCACUACCCCCAUCGAGAGAACUCACACAUCACUUCCGAACCCUAAUAAUGUACCAAAUUCUACCUCCAAAUUUGAGAAUUAUAUUAAAUAUAUUACAAGACCAUUAGAAUUAGAGUCGUCAACUUCUGUUUUUCCUCCACACGCAAUGGUUUUAGGGAAGGAUGCAUUAGAAAUAUAUGGGAAACCGUUAUCCGAUUUUGAACUUAUCACAAGUGAAGGUGACUCUAUCGGUGUUCCCUCAUACUUAUUAAGAAAAAGAUGGGGUAGAUAUUUUGAUUUUCUGAUAUCAGAGGGUUAUGCAAGAGUUUGUCAAGAAUAUGAAAAGCAAGAAACUAAAUCAACUUUGAUUAAGUUCUCUCCCAACACAUCAAUGAACCAAAAAAUUCCAUCAAAGGAUCAACCCUUUGCUGCAUCUUCGAGUGCAUCAUUAGACGCAUAUUUUAAUAAUAACAAAGGAGCAGGUAAUACCGACUCCAGGAAAUUACGCGUAAAUUAUUCUACUUCGCCCAAAAACUCAACAACAAAUAUUCAACGAGAUCAUCCCUUUAUCUCUUCCAAACGGUCCCCCACUAAUUCACAAUAUAAUCUUUUGCAUAUCAAUAAUAGUGAAGAUGAUAUAGGGACAGAAACAAACAAUCGCUAUGGUACAAAUCUUUACGAGGAUUUCAAGACUAUGAACUCUAAGGCUAAUAUGGAAAAAAAUCUUUUGAAUUCUACAACAAGCUCAUCAACCGGUAUGGUAUUUAGAGUCCCAUUUCAAGAAUCUCAUCAUUCAACUGCGACAUCUACUUCAAGGAAACAUAAAGGGAAGAUAAAAAAACAACACGAUGCGGGUACCAUCCAUGUAAAUAAGAGAAGAUCUUUUUUAAUUACCAAUCAAAUGUCAAAUUUGAAUAAGUUAACGAACCCAAUGGAAGAUAUUGGCAAAGGCAAUCGCCGUGCGUCUCAUCCAGCCCACUUAUUUAGCGACAUUGGUCAAAUAACUCCACCAAAUAGAAGGAGUUCUUUAAGAGGAGCAUCUCGUACAAAUAAUAAUUCAAGAAAAGCUUCCAUAACAUCUCAAAAUAGUGCAAUAUCGUUUGUUAGCUCAACAUCAGAUAGAAGAGGGAAUUCAAGAGCUACUACAAGACAUAGUGUUGGAAGUGGAAGUCUUCCAGGUUCUCCAAGAUUAGGGUUUUUGAAUAUAUCCUUACCAGCACAACAAAGACUACCUUCUGAUCCAAUUCCACCAGUCCCAUUAUCACAAGAACCGUUAAAGCAUUACAAGAGUCGACAGAAUUCUUAUAUUGAACAUCUCCACUCCACAAAGAGCAGUCCGUUUUCUUCUCGAAGAUCGUCUUAUAUCAGGAGAGCAAGUGUCCCAGAAAUAAGAAUGACAUCUACAUCUUUAGAUAAAAGGAUGUUACAAGGUUCAUUAUCAAGUACCUCAGAUGGUAGCGAUACAUUUUCAUCAAUAUCUGAUCACCUUGACAUUAUUAGUAUCGGUUCGGAUGGGAAAAUGGAAUUGGAACCAUUAUUAACUCCAAGAUCAUUAUAUAUGCCAUGGCCCACUAUUACAAUAAAGGCAUUUGCUGAAUUUUUCUAUACUGGUCAAAUUAAUGGGAAAUGGAUGUUGGCACCGACAGCAUUAGAUUUAUUAACUAUUUCUAAAUUGUAUGAAAUUCCAUUGUUGUAUGAUUUAGUGAGUGAAGUUAUUUAUGCUAUCAUUGGACGGAAAGAGGAGAGUCUAUUUGUUAAUUCUAAGUCAUUAGGUGCGACUUUUGAAUCCAAAGUACGAAAAUAUUAUCAUUAUAACGAUGAAAAAAUUAAGAGUUAUUUAGAUUCACAUGACUCCUACAAUGAACUUAAGAAAUUGAAGAGUUCGCUAGAGAUGAUUGAUAAUGGGUUACUUGAUAAUGAUUUACUAAAGAGGUUUUCUAAAGAUUUUUCCAUAAGUACCACUGCUAGUGAAUUACCUAUAGGAAGUACAUCAUCUCCCCGUCCAGAAGGGGGAGCAGUCCCUACUGUGUAUGCUGGUGGUCCAAGGGAUAGUCAUAAUUCCAUUGGUUCAAUUGUGUAUCCAUUACAAAAUAUUCAAUCUCAGAAUUCUAAGCGUUCUGUAUCCUUAUUUUCGCCCAGACCUAAGGGGAAAUCAAGUUUGAGUAAAGAAAUUGGGACUUUACAUAUUGAUGAGAAUCGAAACAAGAGUUCUGAUGAUAUAUCAAGAAUAAAAUCUGUUAGUCCCAUGACUUUAAAAUCGGAAGCGAAAAGUGUUGAUCUCACCGAUCAGCUAGAACAAGCAAGAUUACAGGAUCUUUCUGGGCUUGAAAGUGAAGGGAGGGCGUCAAGUAGCAAAUCAUUCCCAGAUUUUGUUGGAAAGGAUGCACUAGAAGAAUUACAAGACUCUUCUAAUUCAGAUUCUGAUGAUUUUGAUUCUCAAUUAGGUUUACUAUCGAUUCCAAGAAUCAGGAAACAAAUAGAAGAAGGUGAACAACAUGAAGAAUCGAUUGAUCCAUUACAUAAGAUAAAUGCGAUAUUGCAGAGUCCCUCUAAGGCGGUUGGUUCAUUUUUGAAACCGAAUGGUAAUAAUAUACCAGGAAAAUCAUCAAAAGAUGAAGCUAAUGCAGCAGAUUUUGAUUCUCCUACAUUAGAAAACAUGAUUUCUCCUAAUUCGUUGCCACCAAUUGACUACGUGAUGAAGGUAAUUUAUCGAACCUCUGUUUUAGUAAACGAUACGAGAUUGAUGUUGAGAUGCAUUGAUUGUGUGGAAUUAUCGAAGAACUUGAAAAAUAUUAGGAAGAGAAUAAUGCAAGAUAUGAAUCGAAUGGACGAUGAAAUGAAGAAAUCUGCAGAUCGAGAAAGUGAGAAGGCUAUUUCGUCCCUGAAGAAGAAUAAAGCAGAUUUAUCCAUAUCAAUUUCCAGGAACGCGAGAGAAUCUUCUAGUAGUUUCAAAUUAAAACCAUAUUCUCCUACCACUGCGGUGGACAGUUUUCGAAGAAGCUCAUCUAAAGUAUCACAGAGUGGCAUUUCCCCAAGAACUUCCAUUACCAAAGAAAUGGAUGGUUCAGAUAAGAUGGUUCAGCCUCAACCUCAACGUGGGAAAUCUAAGAGUCGUUACAGUAUGUCGCCAAGUAUAUCGACGACCUCAUUGAGUUCCACAGCUGCAUCGUUCAUGUCGCCCAACUUCAUCUCGAGACCAGGUUUAGCGACUAAUACGAAUUCAGGGACAUGUUCUCCAAAGGCUAAGAAGGACCAAACAAGCAGUAGUAGUACAUUCUCAUUUUUCGGUAGCCGGAAGUGA